CCUGCAGCGGGGCUCAGCCCUCCAGCAGGACAGGGAAGGGCCAUAAAGGGCUGCCCCCCUGCCCGGGGACGCAGGCGGCAUUCAGGGAGGGACCCCAGCGCAGGCAGCAUGGAGCAGCCGCUCUCCCUGGAGAGCUGCCUCCUCCUCUGCCUCCUCGCCCGGCUCUCUGCUGCGGCCUCAGGCACCGAGAAGACACCAGGCUACUGGAACGAGGGGGCCAGGAGGAGGCUGGAGUUGGCCCUGGCUUUGCAGCCUGUGGCGCGGCGAGCCAAAAACAUCAUUCUCUUCAUGGGUGAUGGCAUGGGGCUGCCCACAGUCUCUGCAGCUCGGAUCUACCAGGGGCAGCUCGCCGGUGGCUCGGGCGAGGACAAUGUCCUGGCCAUGGAGACCUUCCCCCACGUGGCCCUGGCCAAGACCUACACCAUCGACCGGCAGGUGCCCGACAGCGCUGGCACGGGCACUGCCUACCUGUGCGGGGUGAAGGCCAAUGCCAAGACACUGGGGCUGAGCGGAGCAGCUGUCUAUGGCAAAUGCCACACCACUUUCGGCAAUGAAGUGGACUCCAUCCUGCACCGGGCCAGGCUGGCAGGCAAGUCCGUGGGCAUCGUGACAACCACACGUGUGCAGCACGCAUCCCCUGGGGCCACCUACGCCCACUCGGUCAGCCGGAGCUGGUAUGCUGAUGCCAACAUGCCCAAAGAUGCCCUGCGGGAGGGCUGCAAGGACAUUGCCUACCAGCUGGUGCACAACACGGACAUCAAUGUGAUCCUGGGCGGUGGGCGGAUAUACAUGACCCCCAAGCAGACUCCAGACCCCGAGUACCCGGAUGACCCGGCACAGAACGGCGUCAGGAAAGAUGGCCUCGAUCUGAUCGCCGAGUGGCUCGGCUCCAAAGAGGGCGCACGCUAUGUCUGGGACAAGAAGGGCCUGGAUGAGGUUGAGGAUGACUCCGUGAGCCACCUCAUGGGCCUCUUUGAGCCCAAGGACAUGAAGUACGAGCUGAACCGCAACACCUCCACGGACCCUUCCAUCGUGGAGAUGACGGAAAAGGCUAUUCGCAUCCUCCGCAGGAACCCCAACGGCUUCUUCCUCUUCGUGGAAGUUGAUGCCCAUGCAGGUGGCAGGAUCGACCAUGGCCACCACAGCGGCCGGGCGAAGCAGGCACUGAUGGAGACCAUCAUGCUGGACCGGGCCGUGGCACGGGCAGGCGAGCUCACGGACCCCUCUGACACCCUCACUGUGGUCACAGCCGAUCACUCCCAUGUCUUCAGCUUCGGGGGCAACACGCUGCGUGGCAGCUCCAUCUUCGGACUUGCCCCAAAGAAAGCCAAGGACAAGCGAGCCUACACCAGCAUCCUCUACGGCAAUGGGCCUGGCUACAGCAUCCGUGAUGGGGGCCGCCCGGCUGCCAGCCUCCCAGCUGCAGAGGACAAGGACUACCGGCAGCAGGCAGCUGUGCCCCUGGAGUCAGAGACCCACAGCGGCGAGGACGUGGCCGUGCUGGCCAAGGGCCCCAUGGCCCACCUCUUCCAUGGCGUGCAGGAGCAGCACUACAUCGCCCACGUCCUGGCCUACGCCGCCUGCCUCGAGCCCUAUGCAGCCGAGCCCGCCUGCGGGGAGUCCCGCAGGGCGUCCCACAGCCCCCGGUGCUCCUCGCAGCCCCUGCUGACUCUCCUGGCCCUCUGCGUGGCCUCCCACCUGGCAGGCGGCUGAGAACCAUGCUUCAACCCAGCUGCCUCUCUCCCAGUCUGCCGUCUGCAUGGCCAGGUCCCCACUGUGGCCAGCCUCAGGGAAUGCAAUAAAACUCAGGUCACUCAACUUCA